ACAAAUCCAGGCCCAAAUAAACCCAAAAGAUCCGAAACUCUCAUUCAUCACUAUCCCUUUUACUCAGUUUCUUCCAAUUUCCCAAUGCGCGGCAAACCCUAAUCCUCUUCAACUUUAGUGGUUAAGCUCCUUUGAGCUGAGUUUCUGGUGGAAAUAGCCUCUCUACUACUGGGCAUGUUGUUUUAUCAAGUGGUUAAGUAUCUUUGAGCUGAAUUUCUGGUGGAAACAACCUCUCUACCCAAAAGAAGAUUCAUAUGCUCAUUCGACCUCUAAAAUGGGACGCAGUGACUCUAGAUCACCUGCCAGGGGCCGUGGAUCUCCUCGCAGGAGGAGCCCUUCACGCAGGGAAAGGUCACCUGCUCAUAAAAGGAGUUCACACGCUGCAAGUUCAGCUGUAGCAGAGAAGCCUUCGAGACGUGCAAGGUCAAGAUCUCCUGUUCCUCUUUCACCUGCUCGAGAGAGGCCUUCUAGUCGCAAUAGAUCCCCAAAGCGCCGAAAAUCAUUCUCCCCUGCAUCUCAUUCCCCGAUCAGAGAGAAACCCACAAGUUGCGUAAGGUCUCCCAAACGAGCUAACUCAAGGUCUCCAGAUUUGAAGUUGUUACAGGGAGAGAAGUUUUCAGGCCGAGCCAGGUCUCCUAGACGUGCCAAGUUGCAGUCUCCUGAACCUCGCUCACCCUCAUCACGAACAAAAAGACUGAGGAGAGCAGAACGAGAUGCUGAAGAAAAAUCGAGGGAGCGGGAGCCUGAGAAGAACCAUGGGAGAUCUAGUGAUAGGGCUACACAUAGGGAAAAGGAUUCUGACAGAAUUUUGCCUGAACCUCGCUCGCCCUCACCACUAACAAAAAGACUGAAGAGAGCAGAACGAGAUGCUGAAGAAAAAUUGAGGGAGCGGGAGCCUGAGAAGAACCACGGGAGAUCUAGUGAUAGGGCUAAACAUAGGGAAAAGGAUUCUGACAGAAUGUUGCCUGAAUCUCGCUCACCCUCACCACGAACAAAAAGACUAAGGAGAGCAGAACGAGAAGCUGAAGAGAAGUCGAGGGAGCGGGAGCCUGGAAAAAAUCAUGGGAGAUCUAGCGAUAGGGCGACACUCAGGGAAAAUGAUUCUGACAGAGUGAUGCAAAGUGAAAGGAGAGAGAGAAAAUCAGGAAAGGACUCAAUAGAUAAUGGAUCAUAUAAGUCAAGAAAUGGUCGAUCAGCUUCACCUUCAGAACGGCAGCAUAGAAGUCGGCACAGAUCGAGAUCACCUGCAGCAGCUGAUAGUAGAGCACAUCCUGAGGCAACAAACUCAAGGAGAGGUGAACACAGGAAUGGUGAAGAUGACUCCUUAUCUAAAAUGAAGGAAGCUGAGGAGGCCUUGGAAGCUAAAAAUAAAGAUAAGCCUUCGUUUGAGCUCUCUGGAAAGCUUGCAGCAGAAACUAAUAGAGUAAGAGGUAUAACACUACUGUUCAAUGAGCCUCCAGAUGCCAGAAAACCCGACAUAAGAUGGCGCUUGUAUGUUUUUAAGGGUGGUGAAGUCCUUAAUGAGCCUCUGUAUGUUCAUCGCCAAAGUUGUUAUCUUUUCGGGAGAGAAAGGAGGGUUGCGGACAUCCCUACGGAUCACCCAUCGUGCAGCAAGCAACAUGCUGUCCUCCAGUACAGGCAAGUUGAGAAGGACAAUCCUGAUGGUACUUCAUCGAAGCAAGUAAGGCCAUAUGUAAUGGAUCUUGGAAGUACUAAUGGCACUUUCAUUAACGAUAACCGGAUUGAGCCUGAGAGAUACUAUGAGCUAUUUGAAAAGGAUACCCUGAAGUUUGGGAAUAGUAGCCGAGAGUAUGUGCUACUUCACGAGAAUUCAGCAGGAUGAAAGUUGCUAAAAUGCUCGAUGGAGGUGUCAUUCGCGUUGAUUGGCUUGAUGUUGGAUGCUUUUACUCGCAGACGAUCAGGAUUUUGUUACGCCAAGUUUACCAGCGCGAGCUCACGGCUCGAGAUUUGGGCAUUGCUUUCGUAGUUUUUCAUAUUUGGCUCCAGAUAGUUUAUAAGCUCUUAGUAGUUCUCCUAUGAAUGGGAUUAUGUAAAAUUUGAAGAUUAGGUGAUAACAUAACUAGUGAAUUUGCACUCACAUUUUCCUCAAGUAGUAUGGAUAUUUCUCCUUUUCUAUCA